CAGGUAUAAGGCCACCUCACCAGACUCAGGGAACCUGGAAAGGAAACAGAGAGACCACCAUGUCCUCUUGGAGCCCAGAGCAAAGCCAGAGCCCAGGAGGCCUGGACCCCCAUCUUUCUAGAACCCUGUUCCUGCUGCUACUAAUUGUGGCCCCCUCUGCCCAGGGGGUCAUCCCAAACCCCGAAGCCUGCCAGGUGUUCCAGUCAGAUAACGGCAGCUCUGUCAACUGCUACCCGCCUGCCAAAGUCCCCCUGCAGCUCCCAGCCGACACCAUCUUCCUGUCUGUGGAGUUCUUGAACGUCACACAGCUGCCACCCCACUUCCUCCAGGGUGUCUCCAACCUCCAGGAACUGCACCUCUCCAGCAACGGGCUGGAGAGCCUCGCGGAUAAGUUCCUGCUGCCUGUGCCUCAGCUGAAGGUGCUCGAUCUGACCCGCAACGCUCUGAGCCGGCUGCCCGCCGGCCUCUUCCAGGUCUCGGCCGCCCUCCACACCCUGGUGCUGAAGGAAAACCAGCUGCAAAGCCUGGAGGCCUCCUGGCUGCUCGGCCUGAAAGCCCUCGGACACCUGGACCUGUCUGGGAACCGCCUCCGGACGCUGCCCCCUGGGCUGCUGUCCAACUUCACCGACCUGCGCAUCCUUGACCUUGGCAAUAACCAGCUGGAGACCUUGUCCCCUGACCUUCUGAGGGGACCGCUGAAGUUGGAACGGCUGCACCUGGAGGGUAACAGACUGAGGGCACUUGAAAAGGGGCUGCUGGCGCCUCAGCCUAACCUGCGCCACUUCUUUCUAAGUGACAACCAGCUGGCCGCGGUGGCAGCAGGUGCCUUCCAAGGUCUGAAGCAGCUGGACAUGUUGGACCUCUCCAACAACUCACUGACCAGCGUGCCCAAGGGGCUCUGGGCAUCUGUGGGGCAGCCCGGGGCAGCCCGAGACAUGAAGGACGGCUUCGACAUCUCCGGGAACCCCUGGGUCUGUGACCAAAACCUGGACGACCUCUAUCAGUGGCUGGUGGCCAAUAAAGACAAGAUGUUCUCCUCCAACGCCACUCACUGCGCCGAGCCUAUGGCCGUGAAGGGCCACACGCUCUUGGCUGUGGCCAUGUCCCGUGCGAAGCCUGAGGCCGGGGCGGAGACGGGGGUGGCGGCCUAGCAGAACACCGCACCCCACUAGGCAACUAACCCCCCUUUUUGAGGGUGAGGCCGGCUUUCCAUAGUUACCAGACCCGUUCUGCCCACGCUUUCCGAAACCCCCCUUAGGCGCCCCGGCCGCCCUGCCUUCGCUCCAGCUGCACCCCCUUCUAGGAACGGCUCCCCAGUGACCAGAUGGCUUGCCCUCCCGGCUCCCUCAGCUCCCCUGCCCUCCGUCUGGCCCAGCCCUGGUCACACCGAGGCUGCCCCUAUCUGGCUCUGUCUCCUUCAGUUUGGGGGUCUCUCUGAGCACAGAGCCUGGGGCCAAGCUGCCUCUUACUCAACACUUAGUUAGGGGUCAGACCCCAGAGGUUUAAUAAAUG